AUGGAAUGCUUCCUCUCUAAAGAUGCCUACUCGCAGUCCUUUUCGCCCGACCCGCAUCGUAUAUCUCGACCCCUCUCCACCUUCUCCUCCUCGUCCACAAACUCUCCGAGAUCCUCGGGUUCCUCGGGUUCGGACCUCAUCAGAAUAGUUACGGAGCAGCGAGCAAAAAUCGGCAAGCUCGAGGAGGACAAGGUCCUGCUGCACGCCAAAAACCUCUCCCUUCGCACCAAACUCGCCGAUGCGAAGAGAAAAACCCGCCAGCUCGAGCAAGAAGUCGCCCAUACCUCGGACCAUUUCUUCCGCGAAAGCGACAAAAGGGAGGCCGCUGACGACAGGCUUUCUACCCUCAACAAACAAAACUCCGCCCUGCUCUGUCAGAACGACGCCCUCAAGCAGGAAAACGACGACUUGCUCGACAAGCUCGCCGAAUUGCGUCAGAACUUCGUCCUGUAUCACGGCUUGAGCGCGUGCGACCCCUUGCAAGUCGAGGAUAUUGUCACCCGCCUGCAGGCCGUCAGUUUGCGCGACAAGAUCUUCCCAAAACAACCCAAUUAUACCACCGUCUUCACACCAAAGAUUCCUAUGACCCCAAUUCGCGCUUUGGAAACGAGCGCCUAUUUGGGGGUAGGCCCUACCCGCACCCUGGCUAUUAUGAGUCCUGCUUUUGCUUCUAUGGUCAACGACACUGCUCGCCUUGAAGUCAACGUUGUCAUCAACGAACCGUUUGUACCUGUUCACACCUCCGAGCUCCCAAUUACUAUCAUGUAUCUUGGCUUUUUGUAUCCCGACGGAACGAGCUUACCGUACAUCCCGAUCAGAGACGUCGUAAUCCAGUACCGCCAGUCAGUGGGGAAGCAAAGCCAAAUCAAGAACAAGGAGAGAUCCUGUUACGUAACUUAUGGACACGAUUUUGUCUAUCUUUCUAUGCCGAGGCCUGUGUAUGAGCGUUUGGUGAGAGCGGCACGAAAGGCUUUUCAUUCGAGGUUCCACCCUGAUCGCAAGUGGAACACAGAGGUGGACUAUGACGGUGACCGCGUUUGGGUGUAUGCCGGCAUGAAGCCGGGAGCGAAAGUGCAAGGCCUAGCUGAUGGGAAGAUGGGAGAGAGAGGCGUGAGGGAUGCGUUGAGGUUGUCAGGCACUGACCUCGAGGGAAACGCUAUGAUGUACAUGAGAUUCAGCUUUCCGCACAAUCAGGACUCGGAGCCGUCGCUGUGCUUCCGAUUUCACAAGCUUUCGAUGGAGAGAGAAAUCAAGUCGUCACGUGCGUUCAGUCCCUUUAUGUUACCGAAGCGAAUGAUGGGCAGUCAGGACGGAACGGAAGAGAGACUGCCAAGGACUAAUGGCGGGCUUUUGAAUAUUGAGCAAAGCUUUCAGCAGUCGUCAAGGUUUGCUUUUCGAAAGCUGCUAGCAUGCUCUGGUGGGCUUUGUGAUAUCAGGAUGGGAAGAAGUGAUGCAGAGCCUUCUGUAUUGUAA